AAAUAGCAAGUACGAGAGCUCUUCUGUCUAUCCAACUAGCUAGAGAGUGAAAGCAAAGACUAAAAGAGUGUUCUUUCUGGUUUAGUCGAGCUCCCCCUUCUCUUAACCCUUCAUAGCCUCCAAAGCAACCCACUAGGAAAAUGGAAAUAAACUCUAGCCCAACUCUUACAUUAACCCAUGGCAAAGUACCCGAGGUCACUCGAGGUCGCUCCGCCAAUUUUCAUCCGAGUGUUUGGGGAAAUUAUUUCCUUGCCGACGCUUCUGUCGCCAUGGAACCGGAUGUUAAAACAGAGCAAAGAAUUGAGCAGCUCAAAGAAAAAGUGAGAGAAAUGAUAGUGGCAAGUGCUGAUAAACCUUCACGGAAGUUGAGCUUGAUUGAUGCAAUUCAACGCCUCGGUGUGGGCUACCAUUUCGAAACCGAGAUUGAGACAACAUUACAGCACAUAUAUGAAACCUAUCAUGAAAUGGCCAACGAUGAAGAUCUUUACACUGUGGCUCUCUCAUUUCGAGUGCUUAGACAGCAAGGACAUCCUGUCUCCUGUGAUAUAUUCAACAAACUCAAGGACAACGAAGGGAAAUUUAAGGAAUCGUUGAUUGGUGAUGUGAGAGGAUUGUUGAGUUUGUACGAAGCUACAUAUCUGAGUGUACAUCAAGAAGAUGCACUAGAUGAAGCAUUGGAGUUUACCACCACUCACCUCAAAUCUGCACUACCAAACUUGAGCAAUGAUGCAAUCGCAGCACAAGUAGUUCAUGCUCUAAAUCAGCCCAUCCACAAGGGCUUGCCAAGGCUAGAGUCAAGGCGGUAUAUUUCCUUGUAUGAGCAAGAUGAUUCCCACAACAAAACUCUAUUGGCUUUUGCGAAAUUAGAUUUCAACUUAGUGCAAAAAUUGCACCAGAGGGAGCUAAGCAAAUUCACAAGGUGGUGGAUUGAUUUGGACGUUGCAAGAAAAUUACCUUUCGCAAGAGACAGAGCGGUGGAGUUGUUCUUUUGGAUAUUGGGAGUCUACUACGAGCCCCAAUAUUGUCUUGCUAUAAUGAUUCUAAGCAAAGUCAUUGCCUUGAUUUCCAUUCUUGAUGACUUGUAUGAUGCUAGCAAUGCUACCAUCGAAGAACUUGUGCUCUUCAAUGAUGCAAUUCAAAGGUGGGAAGUCAAUGCCCCGGAUCAACUUCCUGACUACAUGAAACACUUUUAUCAGAAGAUUUUGGAUACUUACAACGUAUUUGAUGCUGAAAUGGCCAAGCAAGGAAGAUCAUACCGAGUUGAAUACGCAAAAUCCGCCUUGAAGGACAUGGCUAGAGCAUACUUGGCUGAAGCCAAAUGGUAUCACGACGGCUAUGUUCCAACUAUGGAAGAGUAUAUGCCAGUUGCACAAGCGAGUAGUGGUGUCCGAUCACUUGUCACCGUUUCCUUUGUUGGAAUGGGAAAGCUGGUGACCAAAUCGGCUUUCGAUUGGAUUCGUAGUGACCCGUUAAUUGCUCAAGCUACAGAAGUGAUUGGCCGACUCAUGGAUGACAUGGCUGGCCACGAGUUUGAGCAAGAAAGAGGUCACAUAGCCUCAGCAGUUGAAUGCUACAUGAAACAAUAUGGUGCAACACGUGAAGAGGCCGUCGUUGAAUUUCAGAAACAAGUUACAAAUGCAUGUAAAGACAUCAACUCAGAGUGUCUCCGGCCAACCGCUGUCCCAAUGCCUCUCCUCAUGCGAGUUCUCAAUCUGGCACGAACAUUUCAUUUUGUAUACAAGGAUGGAUCAGAUUGCUACACAACUCUUGGAACCAAGUUCAAGGAAAUUGUAACGUCAGUACUCGUUGAUUCAUUGCCAAUUUGAAAUAUCUCUUACAUAAAGUUGAGCCCAAAGUUCGAGUAAUCGUAUGAAUAGCUAUUUGUAUCUCUAUAUCGCCAAAAAACAUAUAAUAAGCAUGUAUGUUUAUCAUAGAUUGCUCUAGCGUUUGAAGAAAUAAAGAGAUUCUUCUGAA